CGGCCAGUGCCUAUAUGGCAGCUUGCAGGAAAGCAAUACCUUCUACGUCAGAGCGAGAGAGCGCAAGAGAGAGAGAGAAUGAAAGAGUAACCCUCAUCAUUACCACUGCGAUGACACUUCUGUAGUCUGUGACCACGGAAACAAACCAACUUCUGUCAACUCGAAUUAUUAAUAAUUAACGGUUUUUGGACCAGUUGCUUGACUGUGAGGACAACAAACAUCUCUUAACAAUUAACCAACCAAUUACAGUCCUGUGAACAUUUCGUGGGUGCGUUUGUUUCCCUUAUGUCCCGAAAAUCGAGCGACAAUGACUAUAAUCUUCGUAGUAUGAGCAACCUGAUGGGUGAGAGGAGGAAGAAAGUGAACGAUGACGGAGAGCGGAGCCUCAUCAAAGCUUCGUCCAACGCGAGCAUCAACAGCCAGGCUGCCGAUGUCCCUGCCAAUGCCAAUGCCGCCACCUCCACCCGGGACCUGGAGAGAGAGGCGCGUAAACAGUUCCAGCAAGAUGUCACACCUGCGUUUGUUUAUGUUCUAGCUGCGUUCUCCGCGCUGGGUGGCUUUCUGUUCGGCUAUGACACCGGGGUGAUCUCGGGAGCGAUGCUCCUGCUCAAGAGGGAGAUGAAUCUCAGCGCCUUAUGGCAGGAGGUUCUGAUCUCUAGUACUGUGGCUACUGCCGCGCUGUCCGCGUUGGCUGGCGGGUUGUUGAACGGAGUUUUCGGGCGCAGGGUCUGCAUCCUCCUGGCUAGUUUUAUUUUCACAGCUGGGGGAAUAGUGCUUAGCGCAGCUCCUGGUAAGGAGGUUCUACUGGUCGGACGUCUCAUUGUCGGGCUUGGACUUGGUAUUGCGUCCAUGACGGUGCCAGUGUACAUAGCUGAGACGUCUCCCCCCCACCUGAGAGGCCAGCUGGUGACAGUAAACACACUGUUUAUCACAGGAGGCCAGUUCACUGCCAGCAUCAUUGACGGGGCUUUCAGCUACCUACGCCAUGAUGGAUGGAGGUAUAUGUUGGGUCUGUCGGUGGUCCCUGCGGUGCUCCAGUUCGUGGGGUUUCUGUUCCUGCCAGAGAGCCCCCGCUGGCUGAUCCGGAAAGGCCUUACCCAGAAGGCCCGGCGCGUGCUCAGCCAGAUUAGAGGCAAUCAGAACAUAGACGAGGAGUACGACAGCAUCAAGAACAGCGUCGAGGAGGAGGAGAAAGACUGCGGAGGAGAUGGCCCUGUGAUCUGGAGGAUGCUGACUUACCCCCCCACUCGGAGAGCACUCCUGGUGGGAUGUGGACUACAGAUGUUCCAACAGCUCUCUGGAAUCAACACCGUCAUGUACUACGGCGCCACCAUCCUGCAGAUGUCGGGAGUGCGGGAUGACAAGGUGGCCAUCUGGUUGGCUGGGGUCACAGCCUUCACCAACUUUCUGUUCACCCUACUGGGGGUGUGGCUAGUGGAGAGGGUUGGCCGCAGGAAACUCACCCUGGGGAGCAUCAUUGGUACAUGUCUGAGUCUGUCUCUGUUGGCCAUUGGGUUUCUGCUAUCUGCCCAACACACCCCUCCUGUCACCCUCCACCCCACUGACCCCUCAAUGGUCAACUCCACCUGCAACAGACACCUGCUGUGUGAGCCGUGUAUGCUGGACCCGGGGUGUGGCUUCUGUUACCGUGAGAACAGCACAGCUCUGUUCGCCUCCUCGUGUGUACCUGUCAAUACAGCCUCCACUGAGAAGGCAGCCUGGGGCAGGUGUUCCAACUCGACCCAGCUGAGAGUCAAUACGUACUGGGCCUAUAACUACUGUCCCACCUCCUACUCCUGGGUGGUCCUACUGGGUCUUGUUCUCUAUCUGGCCUUCUUCGCCCCAGGUAUGGGUCCAAUGCCGUGGACAAUCAACUCUGAGAUUUACCCCCUGUGGGCCCGGAGCACAGGGAACGCCUGUUCAGCUGGAGUCAACUGGACGUUUAACUUCCUGGUCUCCCUCACCUUCCUCCAUGUGGCUCAGAACCUCACCUACUACGGAGCGUUUUUCCUUUACUCCAGCCUGGCUCUGCUUGGGUUCUUCUUCAUCUACGGCUGUCUGCCUGAGACAAAGAGCCGGAGGCUGGAGGAGAUUGAGUCCCUGUUCGACAACCAGCUGUGCUCCUGCGGGGCCACAGACGCCGACGAGGACCGGCAGGUGGAGUACAUCAGGGUGAAGGGGAGCAACUACCACCUCUCUGAUAACGAUGCCUCCGACGUGGAUUAGCCCUAGCCUGAGUGUCAGUCUGUUUGUGCUUUCAUGCCAACUCAUUGUCAUGCCAAAUAAUGGCUUUAUGAUGACAGCCAUGGAGUUGGGAAGAACACAAACAGAUCUGGUCCCAGUCUAGUUUGUAACUUUGGCCUUAGAUAUGGUCCUUGUUCUCUCAUCUCAGAAAGUGUGUAUCAAGUGUCUCAGAGUAGGAGUGUUUGAUUUAGGAUUAGUUUAUCCUUUUAGAUCAUAAUUAAUAAUAUUACAUGGACAGGAAGCUUGAUACAUACAGCCCCUGAGCUACAACCUCCCCAAGUCCUGUUCUCUGGUUUGCCUCAGUCACGUAGGUUACAUUGCUGCAUCUUUUUCACACACAGGGUAGCUAUUUAUAACACAAGUUACUUACACAUUUGAUUUUGCCAAUGUAAUGUUGUAGUUACUUCUAUAGUUUGAUAAGACUCUUCUUUUUGAUUUAUAAACCAUCAUGUAAAUAGUAUUAAGCAUACAUUACAUUCAUAUUUAUCCUCAGCAUUUAGACAUCCAUUUUACUGUUCAUAUGUCGCAUUAUUAUGAAUUUCCAUACAAUUAACAAAAUUAUUGCCUUUUCCCUCACAUAAAACCCUAUGAUUAGAGAUAAAACCUCUUCACAACAAAACCUUUAUUGUAGGAGUCCAAACGUCCACUAAAAUGGCCAUGAUAUUACAAGUUUUAAAAUCAGAGAGAGGGAUUGUAAUAUAUAGUGUUGAUACCAGUAUGCCUUUCUAUAUGAAACACAACUCAAAACAAUAAUGUCUCAGCUUGUCCGUAGCAUCACAAAUGGGGUGUCAGACACUAGUAGUACACCUGGGCUUUGCAUCCCAAAUGACACCCUAUUCCCUAUAUAGUGCACUACUUUUAACCAGAGCCUUAUGGGCCUUGGUCAAAAGUAGUGCACUAUAAAGGGAAUAGCAUGCCAUUUGGGACCUAACAUGUUCUCUGUCUAUGAUGAUGAGUCUUGCUUUGCUUUUUGAUUUAUCAUGUUGGUUGAUAAACUACAGUAGCACAUGACCUGUCUUUGUUUUCUUAUUAGUAAACCUAUGGAUUAUUAUGUUAUUUAUUCCAAUGUAUUUUAUUUUUACACCCUUUUUCUCCCCAAUUUCGUGGUAUCCAAUUGUUAGUAGUUACUGUCUUGUCUCAUCGCUACAACUCCCGUACGGGCUCGGGAGAGAUGAAGGUCGAGAGCCAUGCGUCCUCCGAAACACAACCCAACCAAGCCGCACUGCUUCUUAACACAGCGCGCAUCCAACCCAGAAGCCAGCCGCACCAAUGUGUCGGAGGAAACACCGUACACAUUGGGCGAUGAGACAAGGAUAUCCCUACCGGCCAAACCCUCCCUAACCCAGACGACGCUAGGCCAAUUGUGCGUCGCCCCAUGGACCUCCCGGUCCCGGCCGGCUGCGACAGAACCCAGAGUCGAACCUAGAGUCUCUGGUGGCACAGCUAGCACUGCGAUACAGUGCCUUAUACCACUGCGCCACCCGGGAGGCCUAUUCCAAUGUAUUUUACCCAUGAUGUCGGUGCCUGUACUGAAGUGAAAUGUAUGAAGGAGUUGACUAUAUGGCCAGCCAGCGUGAUGAUAGCCUUUUUUGAUUUCAGAAGUUGCAAAUGUUUUUAUUGCUAAAUGUAGACCAGACUAUUCAUUGGGUUGUACCUCAGUCUCUUAGAGAAAAUAACCAUGCAUUGAAAUGGACAGUUUAGUCAGUUAAUGUCACACAUAUUUGUUCUUUGGGAAAACAAUGUCAGAAAGAAUGUCUUAUUUUGUCUCCAUUUUACGUUGUCUUCCUCCACAGCCUUAUGUACAAAUUGCAAAGCAUACUCUUCACGUAAAAUAGCUGGGGUUCUCGUGUUCUAAAGGGUCAAGGAGUACUGUACUGUACUUGCUAAUGUUGUUUUAUAUAUCAUAAAACUAUGUAAGGUGACACCUUUUUAGUUGAGUACUUGAGUACACAUAUAUUUGUGUGUAGCAGACUCUUGUUUAAAGUGGUCAACAUAAUGUCGAUGAGAAUAUGUCUGUGUAUUAUUGUCUGUGACAAAACAAGAUAGAUAGCUACUAUUGGGAAUUCAAAUAGGAUUUUCUUUAGACUGAAAUGAAAUGACAACAUUUCAAAGGAUCACUAGAUGUGUUUUGCCAGUUCAUUGGAACAUCAGUGUCAAUACUGGAUUAUUGAGUAUUUAUUAUCAAUAUUUGAGUAUUUGAUUAGAAAUGUGAUUAGAAAAGAGAGGAUACUAUAGGUAGUCUAAACUGGAGGUUCACUGGAAGAUGUCUUUUUUAUUAUUAUCACAGUUCGUUUUAUAGAGAAAAAACACUUUAUUGCACACCCCCUUCACAGAGGUGACAACAUUGCCGUCAUGUAACAAACUUGAGAUAGUGUCAAACAAGUUAUUUGAUGUUUUGUGAUUUUAGGAAAGAUGCUCAACAACCCCUUGACAACCCAUUGUGUUAUUAUUAUAUUGCCUUCUUUGCUUUAAUUCCUAAAUGGGGACAUCCAAUGUGUUUAUGGUGAGCAGGCGCAAUUUUUUUCUAUGUGAAAACAAAUUAAAUGCAGUGUUUCUAUUCUAGCUUAUGAAGAACUAGUGAAGAUUUUAAAAAAUGUAUCCAGUGCUGUAUAGUAUACAUUUAAUUAUUGUUGCUGUAAAUGUUUUGCUAGAAUUUUUAUUCUAUCAAAGUACAUAUAUUCAUGAGAAUCUUGAACACUUAAAUAUGUAUUGGGAAAAAAUAAACGAAUUAUCUUGCAA